CUAACGAAUGGAAAAGAAGAAGAAUUAUUCACAAUUCUGAGAUAUAUUUUGCAAUAUUUUUAUUGUGCAAAUUUAAUGUGUAUAAAUUUAGGACUUGAAACUUAAAAGAGCACAUCAUUUCUGACCUGUGAUUGUGUUGACUUUGUGGGCUCAAACAUAUCCCCCGUUUUAUGCGAGAUGAAUCAUAAUCAGGAUGAAAAAAUGAUCGAGGAUCAAAACAUAACCCUUGGUCAACCACUGAGUGAUUUCCUGCUGCAACUAGAAGAUUAUACACCAACGAUUCCCGAUGCUGUGACUUCAUAUUAUUUGAGGAGCUCAGGUUUAGAACCGAAAGAUCCUAGAUUGGUUCGUUUGAUUUCAAUUGCUGCUCAGAAAUUUAUAUCAGACAUAGCCAAUGAUGCAUUACAACAUUGCAAAAUGAGAUCAACAAAUUCUUCAAGUCACACAGGUUCAAAGAACAAACAGGGAACUAAGGAUAGAAGAUACUGCUUGACAAUGGAAGACUUGACCCCAGCCUUGGCAGAGUUUGGUAUUACUAUUAAGAAACCUCAUUAUUAUGUUUAAGUAUAUAUUUAAGGUGUAAUGUUCAUUUUUAAUACUUGCAUACUUCAACAUCAUCUUUCAGUAAUAUAUUCCCUUUUUGGUUUAUAUUCCUUUUUCUUCAAAGAUAUCUAUCUAUGAUGAAGUGGUAUAAGUUUCAUUUUUUGAAUAAGGAAGAAUGUAGUAAAAAACAGCCCUCAAAGAUAUGAGGUAUUUAUAUACAGUUUAUAAAAAAUAGCAAAUUAUCUUAUAAAUCUAGGACCAUGAACUGAAUCAACAUAUCUCAUCUAGAAACUUUUGUAACAAGUCAUUCUGCAAAGGAAUUAAUAAAUAUUCAGUACCAUCAA